CUCACCCAAGAAGGUUCUCUGAUAAGCAAAUAUACAGAUAACAGUUAUUUUUUUCAAGGUUUCAAAGCGAAAGAUUUGUCAAAGCAAUAAUAAACCGAGUACGUAAGAUUCGUUAUACUACAAAGGAGAGCGGUAGCAAAGCUUUUAUUUGCAUUUUCAUUUUCGAUCUGUAUUUUGGGUGAGAAGACUGCAAAUCUGCAAACAAAAUGGUGAAACUGUCUGAGAAAUGGCUUAGGAUAAUAAAGACGACCAAUUUAUAUCUCUGUUUUUUCAAUCUGGGAAUGAGCGUAGCUGUUCCGGGACCAACACUUUUGGAUAUGCAAAAUCUGGUAAAUACGGAUACACAGCACAUUGCCUUCAUUUAUACAGCGAGGUCAAUUGGAUAUCUUGCAGGGUCUCUUUUAGGAGGUGUUUUGUUCGAUGUUAUCACUCCAAAGCAAAUUCUUCUUACAUUAUUCAACUUCUUAUCAACAGUAACCAUACUAGGCAUACCUUGGAGCAGAAGCCUAGGAGUUCUUACAGGAUUUAUGGUUGUUAAUGGAUUAUCUCUGGGAUGCAUAGAUACAAGUGGAAAUGUGUGCUGUCUCAAUUUGUGGGGUAAAGACAGCGGGCCUUACUAUCAGGCUUUACAUUUUGCUUUUGGUUUAGGAGGCCUAGUAGCACCUCUAAUAGCAGCUCCUUUUCUUGGUAAUUUUGAUUCAGAAAUUAACAACAGCAGUAUUAUUACUGAUAAUACAACUUUUCUUUUUAACAAGUCACAGGAUAUUUUAUACAACAGCAAUUUUAUUACAAACUCGAGCAUCCCUACAGUCACAUAUGCUUAUACUACAAUAGGAGGUUAUGCACUUAUAGUAUCGAUGCUUUUCCUCGCUGUUUGCAUUAUAUCACCAGUUGAUGCCAUCAGUCAACAAAGCGAAGGAAAACAAGCAAAAGAACAAAGUCUGAAAUUUACAGUCACACUGGUGACGCUUAACAUCAUUUUAGUAUUCGUCGAAACUGGAACAGAAAUUGGAUUUGCUCAGAUGUUGACUACAUAUGCUGUGAAAGGGAAUCUGAAACUUUCUGCAACUACUGGUUCUUUCAUGACAUCUGUUUUUUGGGGGUCUUUCACAGUUUCAAGAUUUAUAUCCGUUUUUCUUGCAAUUAAAUUCACUAGCUUUACUUUAAUAGUUGGGGACCUCGUUAUAACAGGGGUGGGAUCUUUAAUAUUAUUAUUUUUUGCUGUUACGAAUGAAUGGGCCCUGUGGUUGUCAUCUGUACUGUUAGGAGUAGGUAUAGCUUCUUUUUUUCCAGCGACUGUUGGUUGGAUGGAAAAGUAUAUUAUUGUUACGAACAAAAUAGCGUCUUCACUCGCUAUUGGUGCAGCGUUUGGUGAAAUGAUUGUGCCAUUCACAAUAAGUUACUACAUUGAAAGUGUACCUGAAGUUCUUGUUUAUAUUGUUCCAACUUCAUGUGUACUAUCAACGAUAACAGUCUUGAUUUUAUACCUGUUAUUAAGGAAUAAAAAGUCAAAAUAUUCAGACCCUGAACCAGUAAUCAAUCCUGCAUUUGCAAUGAGCUGAAAUUAUUUACUGAAAAGAGAAAUUUUAUAGCUAGAUUAUUGAAAAUACAUAUUAUAAAAUGUAAAUUAAAAUUUAAGCAUUUUUUAAACAAUUUACUGUAUCUAUAAAUGACUGCAUAAUUGAGCUCUGCACUUUCUCACUUAAUAUUUGCUGAACAUAUCUUUCAUCUAUUAAAUUUUCAGGCGUAGAGAGAAAUAUGUUUAUGUAUCAAAAACUAUAUAAAAGAUCUAGAAAUCUGAUUAGGAGUAUUAUUGAAUUAUUGAGAUGAAAUUAUAAAAAUUAUAAAUUGUUUUACUGUGCAGUAAUUUUAAAAUUAAAAUUUAUCUCUGAACAGAAAAUGUUACUGAAGUCUUAAUAUAGUAUUGAAUAUUGAGAAAACCCUUAUGUACACAAUUCUUACACAUUUCCUGAUAUAAUUCAUAUUUCUGCUUCAUUAAAACUGCGGAACUUUGUAUUGAUCAGGAUAGUUUUCGUAACUUGCAAUUUUAUGUUUAGCACAAAUGAAAAUGGUUAUAUUUUCAAUUUUCUUAGCAGUUAAAAUAAGUAGGCUAAAGAAACCAGGCACUACAGUGAUAAAUAAUUUGACCGUUGCUUAAAUAUAGGAAUAGGAACUUCAGUAGAGUUAAUUGAACCAUCUGAUUUAUAGUAACAUUUUCAGCAAUAGCAAAAUUUCGAAGACGUCUAACAGUUUCACAUUAAAAGUAAAAAAUAACCAAAGAUAUCUAAAGAGAUCUCAACUGAAACCAUUAGUAGAAUGACCAUUCUGUAACUAGAUUCAGAAAAAAAUAAGAUAUUUAAUGACAGCAGUGCCUUACGAUUAAAGGUAAUCCAAAAUAUAUGAAAUGAGGGAAGAAAUAGAUGAGUUCUAAUUAACUGUACAAUAAGCGAACCUUAACUUUACAAGUAUCGUUUGAGAAAUAGUAAACAGGAAGUAGCAAAAUGUCACAGAAAUUGGGAAACAAAGUUCAGAGUUUUAGAAUUAUAAAGAUAUUGUAUUGCCUAACAGUAAAAUAAUGCUGUUCAAUCCUCUAACGCCUCUUCUGUUUCUCUCCAUAAGUAAGAAUCUGACUAUACGAUUAAAAUGAUCACAAUUUGUACUAGUGUAUAUACAGGGAUAAAAAACUCCAAAAGAAUAAAAACGUCUUUUGAAGAAGAAACUGUAAAGGAAAUAAAGCUAAACAGCUUCGUCUCCUCAAUUUCUGAUUUUUAUAUUGUAUUAAAUUUGAAUUUUAAAAAUGGAACUUUACAUAGUGUAUUACAAAUGCUUUUUUUUUCUCCAAAAAAUAUGCUUUCUCCGUGUUCACAAUAUAUAUAAAAAUUUUACGAGAUUAAAUAUAAUCCCGUAGUCAUUCUAAAUAAUAUGGUGGGCUUAAAUGUGAAAAAAACGUAGAAUCUAGUAUAUGGAAAGAUAGUUUAUGCUAGUUUAAUGUAAGUAAAUAAUUAAAAUAAUAAAAUUGUUUUGCAUAAAACCGCAUCCGAAAAUUGAAAAUUGAAGUGUUGACACUCUUUUCUCUCUGAUUUAUUCCCCUUCUUGAAUAUAUAUUAUAUAUAGCUUUCUUCAAAAUUUAUCAUCAGCGUAUGUGAAAUAGUGCUUUAAAAAAAAAUAUUUUUAAGAAUUAAGAGAAUAUACUGCAAUUAUGUAAUGGCUGACCCAGGAAAAACUCUUUUAAAUAAUUUAAGUGGAGGAGGAGAAUUGCAAUAAUACAGUUUUCGAUAUUAUAAUUAUAAUCUCAGUACUCUUGAAUGUUUCCCGCUAAUUCAAAAUGCAUUUUCUCUGCAUCACUACUAAACUCUUCUAUACUCAAGUAAUUUGUUUUGCUGCUGAAAACUUAUAGUAAAUUCUAAAUCUUAGAGUUUAUUAUAUUUUAAGUUUUUGAUUGCUUUAAAAAAUAUAAUGGAUUUGUAAAAUUUCCUCUUGAAGCAUGUAUUUUAACUGCAAUUUUAUGGUCUCUAAAAAAAACGAAAUUUGGGCUUAAAUUAUUCCGAAAUAAGAGCUUAAAUAUGAAUUUAAUAUUUAGAAAAUUCAGUUUUUAUUUGAAUUACUUAAACUGACUGAAAAUAUAGUUAUCACUAGUUUAGCAUGUUUGAUAAAGAAUGCGAAACAGGAAUUGAAUAAUAAAUACGAAUUUACAGUAUUAUAAAUUAUUUUGUCAAGUAUGAAAUGACGAGUAAAUAUGAAUUUAUAGUACAAAUGAAACAAAUAAACUUCAUUCUAAUGUACUGUGAAAGUUCAAUAAGUUUCUUUAGUACAAAAAUCCGUAAUUGUUUAAUUAUAAAAUUAUCAGUGAUUUUUAUAAACAAAUGAAACCUGUCUUUUAUAAAUAUGCACAUUUUUUGUUUUUUGAUUUUUAUGCUGUGUGACGAAUGUGUUUGCAUAAAGUAAUAAAAUGAAUA